ACGGUCCACGAGUGCACAGUGACGUUGGUGACGUGUUGCCGGUUGAAAGUCGCGUUGGCAUUUUUUUUCAUAUUUCUCAGUGAAAUAAUGUUAAAAUUAGUAUUUCUCAUUGCAUUAUGCACAUUUUAUGGCGCAGAAUCAGCAUCUCUUGGUACAGUGACCGAAGAUGAUUUGGUUCAAUACAUCAGAACAGAACCAUACGUCGUCGCACUUUUCACUAAGAAAGACUGCGAACUGUGUGAGAGAUACGAAAAUGAAUUGAUCAACUUGCGAGACGACUUGGUGGAAUCGCUUUCUGCCUGGGUCGUUAAAGUGGUUGACAGUCAAAUGUUGAAACAAUACAGUCACAACAAAGAGCCGGCGUUGGUAUUUUUCAGAAAUGGAAUUCCACUGCUCUAUGAUGGUCCUUUGAACGAUGAGGAAAUUUUCAAUACUUUCUUGAAUAAUAAAGAACCGGUAGUCAAAGAAUUGACAGACGAUAACUUUGAACAUUUGACACAAGCCAGUAGCGGUGCAACAACAGGGGAUUGGUUCGUUAUGUUCUACAGCACAGAUUGCAUCGAAUGCCAGCGCAUGGGGGCUCGCUGGGAAGCUGUUGGAGCCAAGCUAAAGCAACGUGUCAAUGUGGCACGAGUAAAUAAAUACACGACUGGAGCUUCAACAGCCAGACGAUUCAACGUCUUUGAUGUACCUGAAUUUAUUCUAUUCAGACAAGGAAAAAUGUAUAGGUAUCAAAUACCAAAGUAUGAUGUGAAUGCGUUUGUUUCAUUCGCAAGAGAUUGGUGGAAGAAUGCCCAUGGAGAGAAAGUACCAGUUCCGCAGAGUCCAUUUGACGACCUGACGCAAAUGUGCGUGAAUUUCCUUCGAGAAAAUCCAUGGGUGAUGAAACUUGGCAGUAUACUUAUUUGCGUUUUGGUUAUCGUAUCGGUUGUUUCGAAGCUCCGACGCAAAGCUGAAGCCGCUCCCCUCAAGAAGGAUUAAUCACAAAAAUAAGACGUUGAAAUUUUCAUCGUUGGAACGCGUUGGAUUUUUUUCUCCUCAUCACUCAAAUUAUUCUUCCAGAUUCAUGGAACGAAAAAUAACUUUUUUCGAUCCGUUCCGAACCCACGAAUGAGAAUGAGAAGAAAAAACCAUUUUUAACACGUUUUUCAAGAAACUGAUUCGCAAUAGCUCGAAUUUUGAUGUUUUCUAACGAUGUAAAGUUCAAGAUUGCUUCAUAAAGCUCGUCAAGCAGCUACAGCAUGUAUAUAUGUACACAGACGCAGACACAAAAACACGCAUACACACUCAACUUGAAAUGGCUAAUUGAGUUUUUACCCAAGAUUAAAUUGACCAUAAAAUAAAAAACAUUCCGCUCAUGCCUCAUGUUGCCAAGUAAUAUUACGAGUUCGAUUUUUUUUUUUAUACAUUUUUCAAUGAAUCUUCCAUUUAUUCAUUUUUUUAUUGUUCUAUCAUCGUAUGCCAGGUUUUAAUUGUAUUCGUAACAGUUGAUGAAAUAUAUUCUAUAGAAAAAAAGAUGGAGUUUAUUCUAUGGCUGGAGUUUUGUUGCAAUGAUUGUUGUAACGCAAUGAUACUCUCAUUUUUCUGCACACGACUUUUUUCAGGCUUAUUACGAUGAACUCGAAAUUUUUGCAACUAAACGUCUUCCACUUAUUGCCUCAAACUUAUCAGGAGAUUAACAAGACCAAGUCAUAUUGGUAUAAGUAAAAAAUUAUUCAACGGAAAUGAUUCAGUAUAUUUUUCGUUAAUAAACAAUUAUGCUGCAAUUGCCAGUGACAUACAUCAGCUUUAAGGGAAAUUAUAGAGAUGACUUCUAUUGAAUGAAAUAUGGAAUGAACGUAUUAAAUAUUCCAGGUUCUGUAUUCAAAAUUAAAAUUAUUUGCUCAUGGUGUGCAAUUUUUGGCUCUAAUAACCAAAUAUUCAUCAGAGUUCAUAGAACGCUAUAAAAAAUUCGAUGGAGUUCAUAUCGUUGGCAAUGCCAGUUCUUUUCAUUGUCUCGAUUAUAAAUUUUCUCAUAUUCCUGCUACCUAAAACCUUUUUAUUGACAACUUUUAAUAGUUUUACACCUAAUUAUUUGCGAAAAUAUUUCCGUUACUUGGAAAUUUCAAGAACAGAUGUUUCGUUGUGUUCCAACGAUGCAAGCUUCAGCAUCUUGAGAAAAUAUCAUUUCUUCAUUGAGAUUUUUACAACAGAGAUUGCUAAAUAAAUAAUUAUUGUAUAGCCGUCUACAAUAAACGAUAAGAUCACAA